AUGGCUUUACGAUACUUGGUUUCGUUGUGUUUGGCGGUUGCAGUUGUGGCCGAUCAGACCUCACACGUCAGCAUCAGUCUCGGCGGUGCUCCUGCUGUCAGCCACCACAGCUCAUCUCACCACGCACGCCCUUCAUACCACCAUCAGCCUACAUACCACACACAGUCCGCCUACUAUCCACAACCUUCCUACCAUCCUGCUCCCGCUUAUCACCCACAACCUUCCUAUGAGCAUGAACACGAGCCUGCUGUGCCAGAAUGUGCUGCCAACACAACCAAAUCAUGGUGCCUCCAAGACGACCACUAUCCCACCUACGAGAUCAAACACGCAGCCGAGCAUCACUACGAGAAGCUUCUCUCCCUCUAUGCUGACGUAGCCGACCUCAACACCGAGCUGUCUGUGGACCGACCAAACACCCUGGAAGAGGAAACUUACUUUUUCAUAUGA